UUGGUCAUAGAACCUCCCCUCCCCUACAUGGAGGAAGGAGAGAAAAAUUUGGAGACCAUGGAUUUUAAACGACCUAGAAAGCUAAACUUCAAUGCACCUCUAUUGUCAACAAAACGUUUAGGCUUUUCAGGUGUUGCAGAUAGAUCUUGCUUGUCAAACUCACUUAAUAGUACAGUACUAAAUACAAGUGUUCCAUUUUCAUGGGAACAAGCCCCAGGGAAGCCCAAAACCAUGGAGAGGAGUGAUAGCAUCUAUGAUGGAGACAUAGACACCCCUCGGCUAAGACCACCUCCUUGCCUCUGGCAUCCACUAAAAGAAGCAACUAAAGCUGAUAAUGGUGCUCUUGCGUUUGAUCAAGAUGAUGGUUGUGAUGCUGACGACGAUGAGGAUGAUGACAAGCAGAAUGAUGUGUUCUCAGAUGCAGUGGAUGUUCUAUCACUAUCAGAGGCAUCAGACAUUAUGCAACAAUCAGAGGCAGCUCAUAGUGACAGCAAAGAUGGUUUGAGAUUAAAGCUUUCAGAGUCUAAUGGUGGUCCAUCUCCAACUUAUAUGAUCAACCGUUUUCUCCCUGAUGCCAAUGCAUUGGUUGCAUCAUCUUCUGCACAUUUUUCCAAUGAUGCCAAAGUUUGUGAUAAUUGUAGUCAUGAGGGUUAUCUCAAAGGUUCCACUAGGCAUUCACAUGCUACUUCUCCAAAAGGUUGUGGCUUGGAAUUUCUCUUCUCUUGGCUUAUGAAGAAUAAGCUUUGUGCUAUAAAGAGUCCUGUCUUACCAUCAUUUACAAAUGUGCAGAAGCAUCGGUACAGUUCAAAACAUACGAAACAUCGUACGUCAGUCCAUAAGCCCUGCACAAAUGUUAAAGAUGUUUGAGGAAUAUUACAAUGAUUUAGUAUAUUAUUUUGUAACCAAGUUAUUUUUUUCUUUUAUACACAAUCCUUUUGUUCUA